AUGUUUUCCUCCUUUAAAAUCUGUAUAUAAGAAUCCUCGAGUGUACCACUGGCACAGUACCUGUGAGACUGCGAGAGAUCCUAACAACAUGAAAACCAUCGUAGCACUUUGCGCGCUUGUGGCGGUCGCCCUGGCUCGCCCUGAAGACACAUACAGCACCGCCUUCGACAGCUUCAAUGCGCAGGAGUUGGUCGAUAACAUCCGUCUGCUCAAGAACUACGGCAAGUGCUUCCUGGACCAGGGUCCUUGCACGCCUGAGGGAUCUGACUUCAAGAAGAAGAUCCCCGAGGCCCUGAAGACUGACUGCGGCAAAUGCACACCGAAACAACGGGAACUGAUCAAGACUGUCGUCCACGGCUUCCAGUCCAAGCUCCCCGACAUGUGGGCUGAGCUGGUGAAGAAACACGACCCUGAGGGCCAAUACACGGAAUCCUUUGACGCGUUCCUCAACUCAAAAUAAACCAAAGCUAAGAGUAAGGUGCUCGCAAACAUCAACCGCAAAUAAUCCUUUGGGACUGAACUUUUGAAAAUCGACUAAAGAACUCUUUGAAAAGACUUCUGCUGUCUCCAAAGACUUUUUAAGAGCUGUGAAAAUAUUUCAGCUGUUUGCGAGUGAAUAUUCCGACCAAUUGAUUGAAUACUUCCAAAAUGAAACAAAUUAUAAACCCUAUCAAAAUGGUUGUGAUAGCUGUAUGAUUAGCGGUGUAAUUUCUAUUUAAUUUUUUUAUGUAUAAAACGAAAUUCCAUAGAAAUUGAACUGUUACUGAACUCGAGUUAUUUACAAAACAUCACAUUAGGUACAAGUUAUUUUUUAUAAUUCUCAUUAAAAUAAAAUGUUUUAAAAAUA